UGCCUGUGGGGAUUAAUGCCAUAACACUAUUCAACAUCGGUGUGAUGAUAGAUUUAAUGUAGCCACAGCAAAUUAUCAUUCAAACAGUUACCUAACACCUGUACUUUUCUAACCAAGAACCCUAAAACCCUAAAGUGAAAAUAGCACCAGUCUGAAAAGAAACACUAUCAAAAUAUGCCAGACACGAUUAAAUACAUGUUCCGAAAUGGAUUAUCUGUGGAUAUUUAUUUAUUCUUAUUGUUACUUAUCUUUGAUAAUGUUUCUGUAUAAACCAUGAAGAUUAUACACUAUGUGUGUUUACUAUUAUCGUUGUUAUAUUUGAACUUUGACAAUAUAAUCUCAAGACUUGAAUACUAAGUUAAGAAUCAUAUUUCGUUACAAUAACCGAAAGUUUGUGGUGUUGUGAUUUUGUGAUUAUAUGUAUAUAGUAUGACAACUAAUGUAUUAAAAUAGUGAUAAAAACAAUGAAGAUUAGCGUUUUCUGUUUCGUUUUUUCGUUAUUUUACUCGAUUAAAUCGACCAAUGGGACUUCUUCUAGAAUUAAGCUGGAGAAUAAUGGAUAUUCAGGAAUACUAAUCUCUAUUGAUUCAGAUGUUCCUGAGGACCCCUCCAUCUUAACAAUGCUACAGAAACAUAUAUCUGAUGCUUCAAAGGCUUUGUAUAUUGCUACAAAGAAGAGGGCUUACUUCAAAGAUGUUUCUAUUCUGCUACCUGACACAUGGUCAGACAUGUCCAAAUACACAGAUGCGUCGUGGGAAUGGCACUACAGGACAGAUGUAGCUAUUUCAAAGGGCUUAAACUCGACAGAAGUUGAAUCAUUUGGAGGUUGUGGAAUAAAAGGCAAACGGAUGGUUUUACCAAGUCGGCUUAUCUUUCAUCAACAAGAAUGGAGAGACAGAUUUGGGAAUAUUGCUAAAACACUUGUGCAUGAGUGGGCCAAAUUCCGCUGGGGCGUUUUUGAAGAAUAUUCAACCAAGGCAAAGAAUCAGUUUUACUUUUCAACGACUACAAAUAAUAUAGAAUCAACAAGAUGUACAGUCGGACUUCAAGGGGCUAUCUACAAGAAGCAAAACCAAACGAAAAUCCCGUGUCCAGGCGUUAAUUCUACAACGGGACGCUAUGACAAUGAUUGCCAAUUCUUUCCAUAUGUUACAAAGGAUAAAAAUGGAGAACGCUCAUCUAUCAUGGAUAGAUAUUAUGUGUCAGAGAUAGACGAAUUUUGUGAUGAUUCCAACCAUAACCUCGAGGCUCCAAAUAAGCACAAUAUGCUAUGUGAAGGUAAAAGCACUUGGGACAUCAUUGGUGCAUCGGGUGAUUUCGUAAAUGGUGUAAAUCCAGUCAGGAAUAUAGCGGAUGGUGACUUGGUUCCAAUAUUCAACAUCGUGAAAGCAAAAACCAGGAAGAUUGUCCUGGUGUUAGAUACAUCCGGUAGCCUUUUGUUCUUCCAACGAGGAAGAAGAAUGGUGCAGAUUGUUCAUGAAUAUUUAGAGGAAUGGGUCAAGAAUGGAUAUGAAGUUGGUCUUAUUGAGUUCAACAUCAAAGUUAGGGUUCUACAACCCCUCACAAAAAUUAACAGCAAAGACGAUAGGCAACUUUUCAUUGACAAACUGAAAGCUAUCACUUUCAGAUCCUACACUAAUAUUGGUGGAGGCCUCACAGAGGCAAUUGUGAUGCUCGAAGAAAACAAAGCUGAUGCAACUGGGGGACAUGUUAUACUCUUCUCUGAUGGGAGUGAAGAUGAAAAGGCAAUCAUACCUGAUCCAAACUGGAGCAUAACCCCUCUGAAUGAGACGAUUCCCAAUCUCGUUGAUGCAGGUGUCGUCGUAGAUACAGUACUGUUAACUGAGAGUGCCGAUGAUAAGAUGCUCAAUGUGUCACACUCCACUGGUGGGUCCCUGUACUUUGACAGCUACGACGAUUCGUCAUCUGCAAUGCUUGAUGCAUUCCUUGAUAUAGGAUCAAGAGACUGAGCAAAGGAUGACAUUCCAGUUUCAGUUGUUUCUUACUCGCUCAUAAUGCCCGAUCUGUCGUCCCAUGAUGGAGAGUUCUACCUGGAUAGUAGCAUCAACAGAGACAUGGUGUGUCUAUUCACAUACACAAGAGACACUCCUAUAGUUGUUGUUCUCAUUUCUCCAGAUGGACGUAUCUAUGCAAACACAAGUCAGUCUUUUACGGAACACGUAAAUGCUGACUUUUUCAAAGUGAAAAUCAAAGCCAAUGAUACUGUAAUGACUGGUUUAUGGAAGUUCUUUAUUUACAACCCAGCAACAACAGAUACAACUGCCCUACUUCCUCCAAAACAACGAGUAGCUAUCCUUGUAACAUCCAAAAGCAGCCUGGGGUCGAGUCCCAUAACAAUGACUGCUGAUUUAUCUGCUUUAUCUGCCAGGUGGCCUGAUCUAAUCAAAAUAUAUGCUAAACUCAGAAAAGGCAAUAGUGCAGUCGUUUUUGCAAACGUAACGGCAGUUGUUGAUCGGCCAUUUGGUGGGAAGGUUGACAUUAAACUUCAAGAUGAUGGAUUAGGGGAUGAUGUAACUGGAGGGGAUGGUAUUUAUUCAGGAACAUUCUAUGCCUUAACUGGCUCCGGUCGACAUAGUGCUGUCAUAAAGGCUGUUGGUUACCCUGAGAAUACACGCGUUAAGUCAUAUUAUAACUCAUUUUAUGAAGAUCCUGAGGAUCCCAGAGUCAAUGAAAACUAUGUGGUGAACACGCCGAUAACAGACAUAUUUGAAAGAGUUGUUACUGCUGGUGCAUUCGAAUACAGUCAUCCAAAUAUUCCUCCAAAAUCACGAAUCAAAGAGGCAGAUAAACCAGAAAAGUAUCUUCGACCAUCCCGUAUCAUCGAUCUUGAGGUAGUAAAGAGCUCUGUAUUACAUGGAGCAGUAACACUUAUGUGGACAGCACCCUGGGGACGCAUGAACUACGGAAUGGUUACUUCAUAUGAUUUAAGGAUGGCUAAUACAACUCUCAGCCUUUUGACGUCACCUGAUAUUGUUCCUGUGUUUAACGCCACCAAUAUAUUCUAUGGGAAUUUGUCCAAUCCACGAAUGAGUGGCUCAACAGAAAUAUGCAGCUUAUAUGUAUCUACCACCAGAGAUGCAAACGAGACGUUUGCUUUUGUCAUUCGAGGAAUAAAUCCAGCAGGGUAUUCUGGGAAAUGGUCAAAUGUUGCUUCUGUUGGACUUGGUUACGUCCCGGAUGUAGACGUCACAAAUAAUCUAGAGGAAAUUGGAAAUGUAACGUACCCACCUAUUGACAUAAGCGCUGGGGGUACUCCUGCUAAUGGUAACAAAGGGGUUGUUAUUGGAGUAUCUAUCGGCGGAAGCCUGUUGCUUAUUGUACUGAUCGUUAUUGUCGUAUUCCUCAUCCGAAACAUUGUUAAGAGUAAACAAAAGGUUGACCCAGUAUAAAUCAUUAUUAAAGAUAAUCUGAGACACAUUUAAAUUAAUUUGAAACAUUAUGGUUGAACAAUACUUUUCACAAUAAAUAUAAUUUAUUAUCACUUGUACAUUGUAACAUUAAUGUAUACAUAUACUUAUUACAUUAAACUUUGUGCUCUUAAUAUGGGAAACUGUGUGUUUAAGGUAGUUAUAUCAUUCCAGGCUUAAGAUGAAUUAACGGUAAUGUGUAUAAAAUGCACAAUUUAUAAUCAAGCAAAAAUUGCUGCUUUUACUGACUUUGACUUCGUCAAUGAGGGGUAUAAGAGACCCGGGGACAAGAAUUUAUUUUAUCAUGAUACUUUAUCAUAUACAAACAAUUUGUAUGUACAAAUUUGAGAAAUAAUCAUGUAAUUGUUUUCAAAACGAUGUCAUCGUGUAUUAAAUGUUUGUACCAUCUAUCAUUUUCUUUAUUUACAACUUCUUUUCAUUAAACUUUGGUUGACAUUUAUCCAUUUAUUCCAAACUGCUUUUGAUUUAUGUAUAUAGCUGUUUGAAUGUUGCUCAUAACGAACAAAACAAAAUUUAGAAGAAUUUAGGCAUCACUUUAGCUAUUUCCAAACUAAUGUCUAGGGUGCAUGUUGAAUAUAUAUAUAAUUUCGUGUUAUUAACAAUACUGAAAAGUACAAUACUAAUUAUACAGCUAUAUACCUUUUAUACAUGCACCUUUAAGAGGUUUGAGUAUUUGUGCAAAUAUACAUGACGUACUGUUUCCAUUGAUACUGAAGACAGAGUCAGAAUCUAUUGUUGUCGAGAACCGUUCAUUUGUUUGAAUGUUGCAUUCAGUACCCUUGUUCAAUAUUUCAUUUAUGAAAAAUAUUACAGCUAUAGUUGAUUUAUAGUGCCUUCUUAUGAAAUAUUUCCAUCAAAAUUCGUCAUGGAACAUUUACUUUCUCAAUAACUUUUUUCGAUGUAUCUUGAUAUACAUUAUCGUGUGCAUGUAUACAUUUAUUCACGCCACUGUGGACAUGAUAAAUCUGCUACAUCGACUUGUUGAGUUAUGGACAUUAAUUCCAUUAUACGUCUGAUUUAAAUCAAUCUCACAACUUAUUGUUAUGAUCGUUCUGUUUACUGUGCUAUGAAUUCACCAUUAUAUUAAAGGUAAACAAAGUGAAUGGAUAAGUGGUCUAACAUUUUCAUGAAUUAAACAUAAAAGAAAUGCUACAUUUCUGGAAACAUGGACUAAAAAACACCAUAGAGCCAUGCCAUUUGCAACCUUGUAAAUAAUUGUUAUACUGAGCUGAGAUAUCAAUUCCCCAGGCAAUGUGCUGUACAAUUACAAGGGUUUAAAUAAUCUGCACUGUGUAAGACCU